AAUUUCAAUUAUUAUACGAGAUGUUUGUAAAAAUGGACGGCUACUGGAACAUGGACGGAAACUGGGACAACGACGAAACAUUGCCAGACGAAAGAAAGACAUGAAUCUGUUUAUUUUCCAUGGCCUCAUCCUGUUCGGAUUCAGCAUGACGAUAAUGCCGGAAACAUUUGCAUUAAAAGAUACGUGGUCUCAAUCAAUGCUCUCAAAUUCAGAAAUUCCACCAAAGAAAUGUCGAUACUUCAAAGAUAAAACUAUGCUCACAUGCAAUUGCCAAAAUCUAAGUUUUGAUAAAAUUCCUCAAAAUCUUCAGACGAGUAUUGAGAUUUUGGAUUUCUCAUACAAUAGAUUGGUUGACAUCAGUAAAGACACAUUUUCACGAUUUACGAAUCUAAAAUUUUUAGAUUUGAAGGACAAUUUUCUACAAGGCGUUGAGGAUGGAGCAUUCGAUCCUUUACAGGAGUUGAUGGUAUUAGAUUUAUCGAGAACCAUUUCAAUAACACUUCCAAAGGGAUUAUUAAGCUUACCACGCCUCGAGAAACUCUACAUCGAAGACAAUAAAUUGACUGAAUCUGUUUUCGAAUCCCAAAUUGUCACAUCACCAUUAAAAAUUAUUCAUGCUGUUAAAAAUUCAUUCAAAAAAUUUCCCAAUCUCGGACCAUUACCAAAUUUAUUUUAUCUAAAUAUAUCGGAAAAUCAAAUUUCAAAAAUCAAUGUCGAUAAUAUUGCUCCACUUUGCAAAUUGCAAAUACUCGAUCUCACAAAUAAUCCAAUUUCCUUUGAUGAGGCUACCUGUGAUUGCCAACAUUUCAAUAUUUGGAUUAAGCAACAUAAUAUCACUGUUCUUCCUCAUUUUAAAUGUUCAAAUAAAUUUGACUUAAAUUGUUCGGAAAAUUUCAAUAAUAGAACAAUGUCACUUUAUCAAGAAUGCGAGGAAAUUAUUAAGGAGAAAAUUAAAAGCGAAAAGGCAAAAUCAACUUGGACUUUAGUUAUCAGUUGUGUUGCUGGCUCAUUAAUUUGUAUUUUCUUCAUUCUCUAUUGUAUUCAUAGGAGAAACAAAAAACGUCAUCGAAAACUUAAGAAAGCACAACAGUUAGCUUCAAAUAACGCUAAUACGGAACUUUUAAACAGUAACUUACAAGAACAGACGUGAAUAAAUUUCUGGUGAAAAGUUUUUGGAAAAUGCAUAUUAUAUAUAUAUAUAUGAAGGUAUAUAUAUAUAUAUAUAUAAAGUGACGAGAGGUAUAAAUGAUGAAUAAGGUGGAUAAAGUUCUCUCCUUUUAUCCAAUUUAGUUUAAAAUCUAGUCACUGGCGUCGUCUGUUUUCAUUCAGUUUCAAUCUAACUUCUAAGCAGGGAAACGAACUCAUCUGUAAAGUGUAUUCAGUAAAUGUUACCAUUAAGCAAUGUCGUGAAAACUGCGCUACAGCUGUAAAUAACUUUCUGUGAUUUUAUUUCAGAUGUAAAUUCCUCCAGUUUACCUCGCUUAUUUAUUGGAUACUUUAAUAAGCCGUUCUUUUUUUUUUUAUUGUCAACAUCUUGUCAUCAACUGUCUUUUCUUUCUCUUAAUUCAGGAACAUUUUUUUUUUUUUUUUGAAGAUAUAUCGUUAAACGUUUUGAUAUGACUUGUUGAACUGAAUGAAUAUGAAUUCAAAAAUUCCUUUAACAUUGGAUCGAAAUUUAUUCUGUCAAAUUGAACCAUAGAAAUUUUUCUAUAUAAUUUAUUAAAAUUGAAUAAAAAUAUAUUUGUCUUAAAACUAAAUAACUAUUUAUUAAUUUUAAAUCAAAAAUUUUUGUAAACAAAUAUAAUUUUAUUAGACAGAAUUAAAAUUUUUAUUUUCUUUUAAUAAAAUUUAUUUAGCUCUGAGGCAAAUAUAAAUUUUUUUUCCUGUUAGUAACAUUGAAUCAAUAAUUUUGAAUGAAUUAUUCUUUCAUUUACUUUUUAUUUAUAGGAAUUUUCUGUAAUUACAUUUUUUGAGUUAUCGAAUUUUUUUUUCUUUUCUUUUUGAUAACAAAAUUAUCAUUUAAUCGAAUUUUUUGUUUCGUUAAUAAAAGCGUAAUUUUUUAUUCGACAUUACUUAUUGUUGGAAUUAAAAAUCUUGAUUUUUAAAGAAUUAAAUCAAUAUAAAAAGAACCUUAAUAAUUAAUUAAAUUCUGAAAUAUAAAUUUUUGUUCAAUUAUGGAAAAUUUAUUUUAAUUUAAUAUUUUAUAAUACAAUAUGUAAUACGUAAAAAGUUGAUUUAAAAAAAAAAAUUGUCUUGCUAGAAAUUCAGAUAACUUGAAAAUUUUAAUUACAUUAAAAUUUCAGUGAACAAAAAUAAAAUUAAUAAAUUCAAAAGUUGAAUAAAAAAAAAAAAAAUCGAAUAUUAAAACGUCUAUCCACAUCAUUACAGCAAAAAAUUUAAAAUAUGAAGCUUAUGAUAAACAUUUAAAUUCGAAAAUGUAAAUUUUUGUUGAAUAAAAAAAAAAGGUAAAAAUAAAUAAAAUUUUCUCCGAUUUUGGGAAAAUAUUCACGCGUUUCAUUUAAUUUUUAUUAUCUGAUGGUAUCAUAAAAUGGUAAUUCGUUUUGGUUUACUUUCGUAUGCAGUUUGGCGAAACAGCUACAUAUAUACAUACUUAUUUUCUAUUUGCGAUUUAACUUUUCUAAUGCGUUGCAAUUUUUGUACUUACUAUUUUUGAUUCUAAGCGAAAAACCACACGUACUGUAUGUACUCUAUAUGUUUCAAUAUAAACUUUCUCGAUCAAACUUUGUAGAUUGGUAUUUUCUUUUUUUUUAUAUAUAUAUAUUGCGAUACGAUUAUGUAUAGAGGCUAAAAUGUUGAGGCUUUGUUUUAGUCAGAGGUCUUAUAUUUUUUUAUGCCAAAUAUGCCAUGUUUUUUUUAGUAGUAUAGAAAUUUAUAUAUGACUUAAUAGAAUUAAUAUUGUCGAGUAGCCAAUUAUUAUUAUUAUUUAUAUAAUAGAUAUAUGAUAAUUAUUUUUUAGACAAUUAAGAAUUUCCAUUUAUCCUCAUGAAUUUAUUAUUUUACGAAAGAUCUCGAUAUCAUGUAAUUUCGAACUACACAAAAGUAUCAGAUCUUUAAAAUAUAAUAUAAUAUACUUUUUUGUUUCAUACCCACGUGUAUGGAAUACUCGACUGAUAAUUAAAAAAAAAACAAAAAAACAAAUACUUUGUAGCAACUUACAAAUCUUUUUUAAUCGUUGUAAUGCGAAUAUUUAUAUCACGAUAAUAUUAUACACAUUGGAAUUUGUGCAGAAAAACAAAAAAAAAAAAAUUUAUAAAAAAGAACUUGUUGUGGAGCUAAAAAAAAUCUUUGGAAUUCUUUAGAAUGUUUAUAUUUUUCUUACUGCAAACAUUGUCUACGAUUUAUAAUGUUGCAUUCCUAGCAGUUCAAAGUUAAUUAUUAUUAACAAAUCAUUAGAGAACACAUUUAGAAAAAAAAGAAAAAGAAAA